CUGCAGCCCGGUUGGCAGCUGCGGCGCAGAGUCGGGCGGCCGGUGCGCGCAGCGGUCUUCUGCUCAAACGCUGCGGCCCAGCGGUCCACCCCGUGCCCAGGCUGGUGCGCGCGUGCGUGAGCGCGCCUGCGCCCGGGUGCCCUCGAGAGCCGGCUCAGGAGGCUCUCUUUCCCCCAGGAAUUACUCAAUGCAGAAGCCCUUCAAAGUGAUACUAGAGACUUUGGAAGCACCAUGGAUGGGUUUUAUGAUCAGCAAGUCCCUUUUAUGGUUCCAGGGAAAUCUCGGUCAGAGGACUGUCGAGGGCGACCUGUAAUUGAUAGAAAGAGGAAGUUUUUGGACACAGAUCUGGCUCAUGAUUCUGAAGAGUUGUUUCAGGAUCUUAGUCAACUUCAAGAGGCUUGGUUAGCUGAAGCACAAGUUCCUGAUGAUGAACAAUUUGUCCCAGAUUUUCAGUCUGAUAACUUGGUGCUUCAUGCUCCACCCCCAACCAAGAUCAAACGGGAGCUUCAUAGCCCCUCCUCUGAGUUGUCAUCCUGUAGCCAUGAGCAGGCUCUUGGUGCUAACUAUGGAGAAAAGUGCCUCUACAACUACUGUGCCUACGAUAGGAAGCCUCCUUCUGGGUUCAAGCCAUUAACCCCUCCUACGACUCCUUUGUCACCUACCCAUCAGAAUUCCCUAUUUCCCCCACCUCAGGCAACUCUGCCCACCUCAGCUCACACCCCUGGAGCUGGCCCAGUUCAAGGGGUGGGCCCUACCCCCACCCCUCAUUCGCUUCCAGAACCUGGAUCACAGCCGCAAACAUUUGUGGUACCCCGGCCACCACAUCAGCCCCUGCAGAUGCCAAAGAUGAUUCCUGAAAACCAGUAUCCAUCAGAACAGAGAUUUCAGAGACAGCUGUCUGAACCCUGCCACCCCUUCCCACCUCAGUCAGGGGUUCCUGGAGAUAAUCGUCCCAGUUACCAUCGGCAAAUGUCAGAACCUAUUGUCCCUGCAGCUCCCCCACCACUUCAGGGAUUCAAGCAGGAAUACCAUGACCCACUCUAUGAACAUGGGGUUCCCGGGAUGCCGGGUCCUCCGACACAUGGGUUCCAGUCACCAAUGGGAAUCAAGCAGGAACCCCGGGAUUACUGCGUUGAUUCAGAAGUGCCUAACUGCCAGUCAUCCUACAUGAGAGGAGGCUAUUUCUCCAGCAACCACGAAGGCUUUUCUUAUGAAAAGGACCCCCGGCUGUUUUUCGAUGACACUUGCGUUGUGCCUGAAAGACUAGAAGGCAAAGUCAAGCAGGAGCCCACCAUGUAUCGAGAGGGGCCCCCUUAUCAGAGGCGAGGCUCUCUUCAGCUGUGGCAGUUCCUUGUUACCCUUCUUGAUGACCCAGCCAAUGCCCACUUCAUUGCCUGGACUGGCCGAGGCAUGGAGUUUAAGCUGAUAGAACCAGAGGAGGUUGCUCGGCGUUGGGGUAUCCAGAAGAAUCGGCCAGCCAUGAACUAUGACAAGCUGAGCCGUUCUCUGCGCUAUUACUAUGAAAAGGGCAUCAUGCAGAAGGUGGCUGGGGAACGAUAUGUCUACAAAUUUGUUUGUGACCCGGAUGCCCUGUUCUCCAUGGCCUUCCCGGACAAUCAGCGUCCAUUCCUGAAGGCGGAGUCCGAGUGUCCCCUCAAUGAGGAGGACACCCUGCCCCUGACUCACUUCGAAGACAACCCUGCUUACCUCCUGGACAUGGAUCGCUGCAGCAGCCUUCCCUACGCUGAAGGCUUUGCUUACUAAAUUUCUGAGUGGCCGAGCAGCCAACCCUAGAGCCUAGCAGUUCCCAUUCAGGCAAACGAGGGCAGUGGUUUUUGUUUGUGUUCUUGGCUGUUCCUAAAGCUUGCCCUUUGAGUAUUAUCCGGAGAACCCAAGCCAUCUCUGGAUUGACACCCUUAAAGACAAACACCUUGGCUGGGGAGUGGGAACAGGGAGAGGCAGAAAAACUACCGAGCGGCUGGUGCUUCAGCCCUGAUUCUGGUGAGAUUCCUGGGAAGAGGUGGAAGCAGAGCCUCCUUACCAUCAUGGACGAUAUGUGCAGAGCAAUACCUUGUUCAGGCUAGUGCCCGAGAAUCGGGAUGGAGUGUGUGACAAUCUGCAUUGAUCACAGACUACUAAAAUGCCUUUAUGUAAAAGGGCUUUGACUUGCACAAUUUAUAGGAAAGAAAUCGCACACCCAUAGGAAAGUAGGUAGGCUGGGUUGGGGCAGCUCAGACCAUUAAGGCUUGAAUAGAGCUCCUGUAGAUCAAUCAGAAUUGUUACCCCAUGUCCAGAACAAGGGAAGCCAGGACAGCUGUUACCCACUCAGUGGUUCUCUAACCACUGCUGCUCUUGGGAACCUCCCAGCCAUAUGGUCACCAAGUAGAACAGGCCCCCCUCUCCUCCCAGUCACAUGGCUGAAUGUAGGUGGCUUUCAUUUUACAAGAAAGGCGAUUAACACUUUUGACAGUAUUUUGUUUUGCUCUGAUUUUGGGGGGGGAUUGUUUUGUUUUGGUGGUUGUUUUGGAAAAACAGUUUAUAUAAACUGAUUUUUGUAGUUUUGGUAUUUAAAGCAACAACAACAACAAAAAACAACAAAAAAAAUUCUUUUUGGUAACUGUACCGUGUCUCCGAGGCAGGGCCGUGCCCACUUACGAAGACACUGCAGCUUGAGAGGGGCUUUGCGGGGGCUUCCCCUUAGCCGUGUAAAAGCCUGCUUUGUUGCCUGCUUGGUGCUUUCUGCACCAGCCAGCCUGUUGAAACAUUUGCACCUGAGUUGUACAUUUUUGAAGUGUGCAGGCCAGCCUGGACACAGCUUAGAUUCUAUAUGUAUAGUUCCUGUGGUCACUAACAUGCCCUCUCUGGAAAGCAGAUGUACAUACCACACGUCAUGACCACUGAGCACCCGAUCACCCGGUGAGAGCCCUAGGCAUGACUGGGGACAAUUUCCAUUUCAUCAGUUUUGUUCUCCUUUUUCUCUGUUUUGGACUUUAAACCCUACAUAAUAGUUCCCUAGGGUCUGUCCUAGGAGUGACUCUUGACAGGUAAAACCAUGCUUGCGUUCUGGUUUCCUGCCACUUUUUUAUUAUUACUUGAUUGCUGUAUUAUAUGGGGAAAGUUUUAAACAAACAAACUAAAGCUGUGUGAAAGUUGAGCUCAGAGCAGAGGAAAGUCACCAGGAAGUAGCAGAACCUUGGUGACCUACUGCUCUGUUGACAGAAUUCUGUCUCCCCUUGACACUAAGCACAUUAAGAACUGUGCUGGACUGAGCUGCUCAUGUGUGCAGGAUACCGCUGACUCUGUGAGUGUGGGCGUACUUGCUGUUCUGUGGAGUGCUCCACAGUCCCUCUUUAUGACCCACAGCACAUUUGUGAAGUGGGGUACAUUUUACAGCUAUGGAAACAUGGUUUUCUUCUAUUGGAAGCUAAUCAGCCCACAGAGGUGUCAAACCCAAAGGUUGGGCCUUAAUUAGCAUUGUACUCUAAUCACAGGACUCUUUCUAAACCGUAUUUAUAGCUUUCUAAUCUACACAUAGUCUAUACAUAGAUGCAUAUUUUAUCCCCAGCUGGCUAGAGACUUAGACUUAUUUGUUGUAAAUGCUGUAUAGAUUUGUUUUUCUUUUCUUAUCCUGGUUUGGGUUUUGUUUUUUGUUUUUUUUUUUAAUGAAUUCAUGCUGUUUUAGUGAGUACAAAAAGACCUUCUUUAGUCUGAGCUGCCCUUCCCCUGCUGUAACCGUGUGGCCUGUGUCGUCACAGGAUGUGGGACAGCAGUAUCACUGUUGCAUUCCCAUUGGACUCAUGCACCUCCCAGAUAGUUGUGGUUUUUUUCAGGGUUUGGGGGGGUUGUUUUGUUUAUUUGCUUCUUUUCCAGAGUGUGGAAAAUCUACAGUGCAGAAAGGCUUCAACCUGCCAGUUGAUUUGAAAUACAUCCCCCUGCGCAGGGCUGUGUGCAUCCUGCCAAGCUGCGUUAUAUUCUGUACUGUGUACAAUAAAGAAGUUCGCUUUUCAUUUA